AUGGUCGUAGGAAUUCAAGCUCUUCCGUUUGAGUUAAUCGAACAGAUAGCCACCAAUCUUACUGCCAUCGAUGACCUCAAUAACUUUUCCCGAGCCUGUCGAACUUUUCAUUCCGCAUCCCAAUUUGUCUACCGCGAGCUCUUCCUGAGCACCUACGACCGUCCAAAUGGUGGGGACUACAACUAUGCGCACAACUACCGUUGGAGAAAGAUUAUCCUCGAAAAAUUCUUAAGAUCCAACCACUAUAGAGUCGAAAACUUAACGCAGAACCAAGUGAGGGUCAAGGUAGUAGAAGAUGUGCCACUUACAAUAGAAUUCCUUGAAGGGGUUCGAGAUCUUAUCUUCGAAGCAACCUCUAAGAAUUUCGCGCAGCUCGAAAGCUUUGCCUCUAAAUCCCGCAACCUCCUUAUUUCUUCGCACCUCAAAGCUCCCCAGACGCAAUACUUCAUGAUUGUGCAAAUUCUACUCACUAAUAUUGCCCUUACCAACCGCAUAGUUUGGGCAGACAGUGAACACUGCAGCACCAAUACUCAGGCUCUCGCAUACGGAAAUCGCAUUUCUGGAUCGGAAAGCUUGGGGUUGAAAUUGACAUUUGAUGAAAUUUGCGGAGAAGAACGAGGGGCGCCGGAUUUAUGGAAGAAUAACUUGUGGGUUGACGUAGAGCCGGAAUUUCACAGGUAUUGGUUUGGAUUAUAUGUGUAUCUCGAUCCACCAGAUCUUCAGGCGCUUCAUACCUUCCGCCUCAAUGGCGAGGUGCAUCAGGAAGACCACUAUGACGGCAAACUGACCAUAAUGGAGUUUCUUACUAAAACACCCACGACUUUCGUCGGCACCGGCACCGACGCGGAUGAACCCUUCACCAUACAAGGCAGCAUUAAGCCCCUCCCCACUUUUUACUCAAUAUUUAAAUUCCGCCGUGUCUCUUUCACGACUAGCUACAGCGCCGGCGAUGGCUGGUCGUAUGAGGGGUGCUUACUACCAAAUUCACAAACCAUCCUUGGGAGCUGGUCUACUUCGGACGAGGAUACAGAUGAUCCCAUGCCCCCUCGGGGUCCGUUUAUCAUGUGGGCAGUAGGGAAAGAGGACUGGGAGUAUGAGAAAGCACUUAGGGAUGCUGAGGGUAGGGUUGGAGAAGAGGACGAUUUUUUGAACUUUUAG